GCCGCGGUCUGCCUGGGGCGGCUGACGAUCCUCGGCGGCGCGGGCGACGGCGGGGCCGUCACGGACGAUGCGUGGACGUCGUCGGACGGCUACGCUUGGAGGGAGCUCCCUCGCGCGCAGUACCGCCUCGCGGCCGAGAGGCACAGGCCCGGCGUGAGCAUCUGGCGCGGCCAGCUCGUGGUCACGGGCGGCGUCGCCGGCCCGGCUGUCACACCCACG